AUGACUCAUGGAGAAAAAUCGUUUUGGAGAAUCUCCAACAUAAUUAUGAGUGAAAAGAUUAAGAAACGUCGAAAUGUUUGUCGAUUAACUGUUGUUAAAAUAGUCGAUAGUGGUCCAAUUCCAUCAAAUCAUGCUGAUUCGGAUGAUGAACAAAUCUCGUCACGUGAUCACAUAACUCGUCAAUCACCACAACAGAAACGACCAAUUUCACCCACGCCGACAUUAAAUAUUGCGCAUAAAAAACUUCGACUUGAGCAAACAACAAAUUCUGUUCAGAAAAAACCAGUACAAUCGCUGACAAAAUCUGAAAACUCUAGUAAAACAACGGCAAAUACGAAAAAACCCAAAUUAGCAUUAUGUAAAGCAUCAUCUAUAACAGAAGAGAAAGUAUCGAAGUCUUCAUCAGUAAAAGAAUCGAAUCAAUCAUCAAUUGUCAAUGACAAAUCGAAAAAUUCAUCAUUAUCAAAGCCGCCUUCAUCAAUGAAAUUAGUUAAAUCUCAUUCAAUGAACGAUGUGAAAUCUUCUAGUCAAUCCAUUCCGAAUUCUACUAAGAAAAAAGAACUUGUUGUUUUUUCGCCACCGAAAUCUAAACCAAUCAGUAAUUCUCAGCCUGCAGUUAAAAAGUCAAUCACGAAGAAUCCACCAAAAACAUCGAUUAAAACCGAACAGCUAUCGACAUCAAUCGUGAAAUCCCCUUCUACUAUCGUACUUAAACAAGAAACAGCCUCACAAUCAUCAACAAAUAAUAUUCCUUCGAGUAAUGCAAAGCCAUCGACGUCACUUAACACUCUGAAAAAGAUCCCGAAGAAGCCUGUCUCAUCAUCAACACCAUCUGCAGAAAAACAAUCACGUUUAUCCAUGCCAACUUCAUCAUUAAAGCCAACUUCGACUCGGGAAUUGCAAAGACAAACCUCAUUAUCAUCAAAACCUAAAUCAAGUAUAAAACGCGAACAUUCUUUGCCAACUAUUAGUACUGUCAGUAGUAAGAAACAAUCAGAAAAGAGUAAGAUUGUUAAAGAUUCUAAAUUAUCAUGUUCAAAGCAAUCUAAUCUACCUCCAUCGUCAUUGCAUUCUCACUCAUUAGUAUCUACUGAACCCUCAGUAGUUUUCUCAACACCGCCAGCUAUUGAUACAUCUCAAUCAUCGACUGUGAAAUCACCUUCUGUUCAAGUAUUCCCAACUGAAGAUCCACUAUUACCAUCUUCUAUGGAUAUCGAUACACAAUUAUCAGAUAAAUCCAGUCCACAUGAACAAACUUUGACCAAAGCUACUGUUAAUCAGAUGUAUUAUUCUGAUCAGUCAGAAGAUCCAAAUGAUAGUGAAAGUUCUGAGGAGGAAAAUGAAGAUGAAGAUGAAGACGAAGAAGAUUUACCUAGUAGUCUUACUAAUGAUGAUCUACGGUACAAGCUUAUUUAUAUUUAUAAUCGAUUUCAACUAAAUUCAAUGAAUGAUCUUAUUAUCUUUGUUCGAUUUUUUAAACGACAUCAAUUAAUUGAUAUAUCAACAUUAUCAAUGACGAAGAAAUCUGACGAAAUGUUUACUUAUGACCUAUUUUCUCUUAGUCCAUCACAUAUCGGUGAAUUAGCUAAUGAUCUUGGUUAUACAAAUUGA